AGUGUCCCUCACCGGUGUCAUGCUCAACGCAGAUUUUAGUGCUGUGGCAAGUACCCUGCUUCAGCUAAGCAGCGUGGAGUCGGUAACAGUCCGUAACGCCAACAUUUCUGGCAUGUUCUCGGCGCUGCGGGGAGUGGAUUGCGGGGAGAAAUUGUCUUUUUUGGACCUCUCCGGGAAUCAUAUCUCUGGGGAAGUUCCAGCAUUCAUCAAUUGCUCCAGAUUGGAGUACCUUGAUCUCUCUGGCAACCUCAUAUCUGGCAGCGUGGCAGUAGGAGUCCUGUCCGGUUGCAGCAGCCUGACCUCGCUCAACCUUUCAGGAAACCAUCUUGUUGGUGCGUUCCCAGCAGAUAUCUCACACCUCGAAUCACUUACUACCCUCAAUCUAUCAAACAACAAUUUCUCAGGCGAGAUUCCAGGAAAUGCUUUUCUUCAUCUACCUAAGCUCAGGACACUUAACCUCUCCUUCAACUACUUCGAUGGCUCCAUUCCAGAAGUGGUCACCAUGCUUCCGGAGCUUGAGAUACUCGACCUCAGCUCCAACUUGCUCUCUGGCAUCAUCCCAGGUACCCUCUGUUCCACAAACACUAGCAGCAAGUUGCAAGUUCUUUACCUGCAGAACAACUACCUCACUGGUGGCAUCUCAGAGGCCAUCUCCAGCUGCACUGGUCUUGUUUCACUUGACCUCAGUCUUAACUAUAUCAAUGGGACUAUUCCCUCAUCCCUUGGCAUGCUCCCGGGCCUCCGUGAUCUGGUCUUGUGGCAGAACGCCCUGGAUGGAGAGAUACCCGCCUCUCUGUCCAGAAUGCUUUCACUUGAAUAUCUUAUUCUUGACUACAAUGCUCUUGUUGGAAGCAUCCCUUCAGGUCUGGCAAACUGCACAGAGCUAAAGUGGAUGUCACUUGCCAGCAACCGGCUUUCCGGUCCACUACCUACCUGGCUCGGCCAACUCGUCAACCUUCAAGUCUUGCGGCUGGGAAAUAACUCCUUCACUGGCCCGAUACCGCCGGAGCUGGGUGACUGCAGGAGUCUGUUAUGGCUGGACCUGAGUGGUAACCAGCUGAAAGGGCAUAUACCAUCUGAGCUUGCAAAGCAGUCUAGGACGAUGGCACCCAUCACUUCUUCCACAAGAAAGUUCGCAUACCUUCGCAAUGGCGAACAAAGGAAUACCUAUCAAUGCCGUGGCAAAGGAAGUUUGGUUGAUAUCACAGGCAUUCGACAAAGCGAUUUGAGUCGGAUGCCAAGUAAGAAAGCCUGCAGCUUCACAAGAGUGUACUUAGUCAGUACUUCUAAUAUCAACUGCUUUUCAUUCAGAUUUCUGGAUUUGUCGUUUAAUCAGCUUGACUCAGAGAUCCCAAAGGACCUUGGGAGCAUGAAUUGCCUCAUGAUCAUGAACCUUGGAUACAAUCGUCUAUCAGGUGUGAUCCCCGCUGCGCUUGCUGGCGCCAAGUUACUCCAAAUACUCGACCUUUCUCACAACUUGCUGGAGGGGCAAAUACCCAGCUCAUUCUCGACAAUGUCGCUAACAGAGGUUGAUUUAUCGAAUAACAGGCUGAGCGGGAUGGUUCCAGAACUUGGGUCGCUUGCCACAUUCCCUGCAAGUCAGUUUGAGAACAACUCUGGCUUGUGUGGGUUUCCACUCCCACUGUGCAAGCAGAGUGUUGCCAAUACCCAGCAGUCGAAAUCACACAAGAGGCAGGCAAUCCUUACUGCUGGCGCCAUGGCAGUGUUUUCUGUCUCGCUGUUCGUUUGUGUCGCAGCACUGUUGAUAUGCCUAUGUCAAAGGAAGAAAUCCAAGAUACAUAAUAAAGCAAAUGAAGCUUUAAGAUUACAGGGGAAUUUAUUUUCUAUCUGGAACUUCGAUGGUGGAGAUGUCUACAAGCAGAUUGUGGAAGCAACAGAGAACUUUGAUGAAAAAUAUUGCAUUGGAAGAGGAGGUCAUGGGUCUGUCUAUGAAGCUACACUGCAAACAGGAGAAACUUUUGCGGUAAAGAAGAUGCGCAAAACAGAGGAUGAAAGCAUGAAAAACGAGGAACAGUUCAGCCGUGAAAUAGUGGCCUUGCUGCAGAUACGACACCGGAACAUUGUGAAGCUCUAUGGAUAUUGCCGCACUGAUCAAGAUAAGUUUCUUGUAUACGAAUAUAUGGAGAGAGGAAGCUUGUCAACUAUUCUCAUGGCCAAUGCAAGUGCUGUUGAGCUGGAUUGGAAUAAGAGGCUAGAUAUCGCUAAGGAUGUGGCUAAUGCUCUCUAUUACUUGCACCAUGAUUGUUCAACUCCAAUAGUCCACCGAGAUAUAACAUGCAAUAACAUUUUGGUUGAUAUGGAGUUCAGGGCCUGCGUAUCCGACUUUGGCUUAGCUAAAAUAUUGAACUUUGAUGCAUCAAGUUGUACAAGGAUUGCUGGAACAACUGGGUAUCUUGCACCAGAGCUUGCAUACAUGACGAGGGUGACGGAGAAAUGCGACGUCUACAGCUUCGGCGUGGUGGUUCUUGAGCUGUUCAUGGGAUCCCAUCCCAGUGAUCUUCUUUCCGAUCUCAUCUGCACAGACAAGAAAAGCACAUCGCUGGAGGAUCUGUUGGACACCCGGCUCCCGCUCCCUGAACCUGAGGCCGCAAGAGAAAUCUUUGUGUUCCUCACGCUGGCUCUCCAGUGCUUGGAUCCCAAUCCAGCGAACCGCCCGACAAUGCGGUCCGCAAUCAAGAAGCUCUCUGCAGAGCCGAUAACCGAUGAUGUUGAUUACCUUCGUGCUGACCUCAUGGGCAUGGAUACUCCAACCCAUGUGCAUUGAUGCACUUGAGAAAGAGCAAGGUUAUGUAGCUGGGUUUGAGAUUCAGCGAUGGGGUUUCGCUCUUCCAUGGUCAGCUUGGUUAUUUUCCUUUCCUGCACAUUGGUGUAUGUAUGAUGUGCUGUGAGGUGACAUGCUGUGUA